AUGGGAGAAUCAAACCAAGCCACCAACAUCCAUGACGAUUUACUACUCAAAAAUUUCUUCGCCGAAGUCAGCGAAGUUGAGAGAGACAACGAAGUCCUUAGGAUUCUUGCUUGUUUUAAGUUGAAUCCAUUUGAGCAUCUAAACCUAUCAUUUGAUUCAUCAAUCGAUGAAGUGAAAAAGCAGUACAGAAAGAUAUCAUUGAUGGUUCAUCCUGACAAAUGUAAACAUCCACAAGCAAAGGAGGCUUUUGGAGCACUAGCAAAAGCCCAACAAUUAUUACUCGAUGAAAAUGAAAGAGAUUAUCUUCUUAGCCAAGUCAAUUCAGCUAAAGAAGAACUUAGAGUAAAGAGAAAGAAACAGCUGAAGAAGGAUACGGCCUCAAAAAUGAAGUCCUUAGUUGAUGAGGGAAAAUAUGAUAAGCAAUAUGAACAGUCAGAAGAAUUCAAGCAGGAGCUCAAACUCAAAGUUCGUGAACUAUUAACCGAAAAAGAAUGGAGGAGAAGGAAAAUGCAAAUGAGGAUAUCAGAGGAGGAAGGCAGAUUAAAAAAGGACGAAGAGGAACAGAAGGAAAUGUGGAAAAGGAAGCGUGAACAUGAAGAACAAUGGGAAGGAACAAGAGAAAAAAGGGUAUCUAGCUGGAGAGAUUUUAUGAAGGGUGGAAAGAAGAAUAAAAAGGGUGAAAUUCGCCCCCCUAAGCUCAAGACAGAAGAUCCCAACAAAUCCUACGUUCAGAGGCCUGUAAAAAGAGGAUAG